AUGGACACGGAGACCGCCGUCCGUCCUCUUAGUUUCACGUCCAUAGAUCCCGAACAUCUGGACGGAUCCAGUAAUCCGGUCUUUGUGAAGGAAUCGGACUUCAUAAACAAGGGUCCUUACCAAAAUGAGCAGAACAAUACAAAACAAACUUCAAACCAUCGUCAACAGAAUUCAGGGGACGACAACAAGAAUGUCCAGGAAAGACGUCCUGAAAUAGAGAUGGAGGACAGUCCCCUAAUCUACAAAAUCAGUGAUGCCACGCCCAUUCAUCUCACCCUCUUCUUUGCCAUGCAGAUAGACAGAGGAACUCCAUCUUCGCUAGAGAAGUGGGCAGGCUUUCGCCUAAAGCCUAUCCACUAG